AUGACAACGACAGCUACUGCAGGAUCUACGGAGUCGCUGCUUACAGAACAAGCAAAAGCAGACUUGCAAUGGAUCGCGGCUCAACGAGAAUCUAUCUUACGCGAAGUAGACAGGCAGCAAUCCGAACUGGGUCGCAAGAAAGAGGAACUGGACAAGUUAAGCCGCGAGGUAGCAGAGGGGAUACUCAGCGGGAGUCGUCAGGCAAUGGCGACGGGAUCAGGGCAGCGAUUAGCGGGACAAGGCGCUAUUACGUCGGAGGACUGGAUUCAAAAAAUGCUGAAUGAAAUCAAACACAUCAAGCUCGGAUCAUCGGAUCAAACAUCCCAGGAAGAACGAUCUUUGGGACAAAGCUCUACACCGAAACUGAGUAACUUAGUUAACCCUCAGACUUCCCAACCCUCCGCUGGUACGUUUACGGUGCUGAACCGUCCGCCCGUCCUUUCAACGGGCUACACAGACUACUCGGACACCGCAAGUAACAUCCAUAGAACAUCCGCACCAUCACAAGGACAGUCGCAUCAACCUCUGCAAGAUUGGUCACAACAAAACUGGUCACCCCAGGACUGGUCGCAACAGGAGCAGAGGGCACCGCAGCCACCACAAAGUGGGUCACAGUCGCACCAAGGUGGGCCACAGCAAGGUGGACCUAAGACAUCGCAGGGUGGAUCGCAGGUUCCACAAGGCGGGCAACAACCUCCGCAGGGUGGGCCACAACUUCCACGAGGUGGAUUACAAUCACAACAAGGCCAGCCGCAACUACCACAGGGAUUGCCACAAUCGCAAGCACCGCAGGGUUGGCCACAGCAGCAACCACCACAGGGUUGGCCGCAGCCACAACCGCCACAGGGUUGGCCGCAGCCACAACCGCCACAGGGUUGGCCGGAACCACAACCACCGCAGGGUUGGCCACAGCCACAACCACUACAUGGCUGGCCGCAGCCACAACCACCACUGGGUUGGCCACAGACGCAACCACCACAGAUCUGGCCGCAGCCGCAGCCACAACAGGGCUGGCCACAGCCGCAACCGCAACAAGGUUGGCCACAACAGGGUUGGUCGGAGAAUCGCUCGCCACAGCAAGGACAGGUACCACAGAGUGGGCCUCAACAAGGAAACCCCGCACCAAACCCUCCAACAGGUCCCACGCCACAACAGCUACUCGCUAGACAGAUUAUGCCGAAGGAACUUCCCAAAUUUUACGGAAACCCCGAGGAUUGGCCACUCUUCCUUGCAGCAUUCACUAACAGUACCGACGCCUGUGGAUAUACCAAUGUGGAGAACAUGGCUCGUCUUCAACACGCGAUACAGGGAAGGGCGUUGGAACAGGUGAAGGGACGGUUGCUCUACCCCACACUCGUACCCCAGGUGAUGUCGACUCUGUAUAUGCUCUACGGAAGACCAGAGUUAAUUAUCCAGACGUUGCUGGACAAGGUGCGGGAAUGUCCGCCCCCGAAGGCAGAAAAACUAGAAACGUUAAUUACCUUUGCCAUGGCUGUACAGAACUUGUGCGACCAUAUAAUAGCUGCAGGCCAGGUGGCACAUCUUUGCAACCCUGUCCUCCUACGGGAGUUGGUAGACAAGCUCCCAGCGCAACAACGCCUGAACUGGGCACUAUUUAAACAACAGUUCCCAGUGAUUGACCUUAGCACAUUCGCCACCUACAUGAUGAGACUCGCGGAGGCGGCUUCCGAGGUCACGGUCAUCACUGAUUCGAAGCAGACACGGCGGGCUGAACGCGGCGGAGAAAGGAGCUACAUGAACGUACACUCAACCAGCGACUCGCCGACAAGAGACGAACCCCAAAAGGAAGAAACAUCGAAGAAAGAGGUUGGGGAGAUUCGAUGCUUGGCGUGUGACUCAACGAACCACAAGGUGAAGAACUGCGGAAAGUUUCAAAAGUGGGAACUCAAUUUGCGCUGGAAGCUAGUUCAAGAUAAUCACCUCUGUAGGACAUGUCUGGGUAAACACGGGCGUCGCCCGUGUAAUCUGAGAACGCGAUGCGGUGUGGACGGAUGCCAGGAACGGCAUCAUGAACUGCUACACCGUGAGGCCCCCAAGGAUCAAACGUCAUCACAGGAGGGACAAAAUCAAGCCGGAGAAACGAAGACCGCAGGAGAUGGGUUCAAUGCUCACCACGCUACCAAGAAGUCUACAUUGUUCCGAAUUCUUCCGGUGACUCUAACCUGGAACGGGAGAUCUGUGAACACAUACGCAUUUCUUGACGACGGUUCCGACUUGACCCUAGUCGAGCAAUCUAUCGCGGAACAUCUGGGAAUCGACGACGGUGUACCUACUCCUCUUUGUCUAUCCUGGACCAGCAACGUGACAAGACAAGAACCGAAGUCCCAACGCAUUCGUCUGGAGAUCUCCGGAGAAGGCAAGAAAGAACGGUUUACUCUGAACGAUACGAGGACGGUAGCCAGCUUGGACCUGCCAAAGCAGACAAUGCAGUUCUCUGAUCUCGCACGAAAAUUCACCUAUCUGCGAGGUCUGCCAGUCAGAAGCUACGAGGCAGCCACCCCCGGCAUCCUGAUCGGCUCCAACAACGCGGGACUCAUUGCCACGCUGAACCUGCGUGAAGGCGAACUAGGCGAUCCACUAGCCAGUAAAACACGACUGGGCUGGACAAUCUAUGGGUCAUCUUCAGACGGGCAGAGAACGGCCAACUUUACGCUACACGUCUGCAACUGUCGGGAGGACCAGCAUGCUGACCAGGAAUUGCACGACCUCGUGAAACGCCACUUCACAGUCGAGAGCAUCGGCGUUUCAGCAGACAAGGGCCCUGAAUCCGAAGAAGACAAGCGUGCUCGCCGCAUCUUGGAGGAGACAACAAAACGUGUUGGGGAUAGGUUUGAGACCGGCCUUCUCUGGCGCCACGACGAGACUAGGUUUCCGGACAGCUUCCCGAUGGCGAUGCGCCGCCUGGAGUGUUUCGAACGAAGGAUGAAAAGGGACCCCGAGCUGCAGGCAAGCGUUCAGCGGCAAAUUAAGGAGUACUUGGAGAGUAGUUACAUUCACGAGGUGACGCCGGAGGAGAUUGAAAGCGCAAACCCUCACAAAGUCUGGCACCUCCCCCUGGGCGCCGUGCGGAACCCAAAGAAGCCAGGAAAAAUCCGACUAAUUUGGGAUGCCUCAGCAAAGGUCGGGAACGUCUCUCUGAAUGCAAUGCUCCUCAAAGGACCUGACCUGCUCACGCCUCUAGCCUCAGUGUUGUGCGGCUUUCGAGAACGGCCAGUAGCCGUUUGCGGUGACCUGCGACAAAUGUUUCACCAGUUCAGAAUUCGGAGCGAGGAUGUACACAGCCAGCGAUUCCUUUACCGGGAACACUUCACUGAACCAGUCAAGGUAUUCGCAAUGGACGUAGGAAGCUUCGGUGCCACCUGCUCACCCUGCCAAGCCCAGUACAUAAAAAAUCGGAAUGCCAGAGAGCACGAAAAGGAAUUCCCCGAAGCGGCCAAAGCGGUCAUAAACAAGCACUAUGUUGACGACUAUCUAGAUAGUUUUGACACUGAAGCUGAAGCCAUCAGAGUCGCGCUGGAUGUUAAGGAGCUGCACUCCCGCGGGGGAUUUGAAAUAAGAAAUUGGCACUCAAAUUCAGAAGCCCUUCUGACACGGGUCGGGGAGCCGAAACAUGUCUCCACGAAGGCCAUCAGCAUCGACUCGGAGAGCGAAGCAGAACGAGUUCUGGGGCUGCUGUGGUUGCCGGAAGAAGACCUGCUCGCAUUUGCCACAGAGCUACAGCUAGACGGAAUUCCUCCAACGAAACGGAACAUCCUACGUUGCGUUAUGAGCUUGUUCGACUCCCAAGGUCUGCUUUCCCACAUUACCAUUCAAGGGAGGAUGAUCAUUCAGGACACCUGGCGCAGCAAAGCAAAAUGGGACGACGAAGUCAUCGCGACGAUACGUGCGCGGUGGAUUAGGUGGACACAGCUGUUCAAAAAGGUCGGAGAAAUCAGGCUGAACCGGGCGUACUUCCCAGGAUUCUCCGCAGCAGAGAUUGGCGCGGUUGAGCUACACGUCUUCACUGAUGCGAGCGAGGAAGCGUACGCCUGUACUGCCUACUUCCGGGUCGUAAUCAACGGGAAAGUGUACGUCACGCUGGCGAUGGCUAAAGCAAAGGUUGCUCCGUUGAAAGCGUUGUCAGUACCACGUCUGGAGUUGAUGGGGGCUCUGCUGGGAACAAGGCUGGCGAAAGCUGUAAUGGAAUACCACUCCUUUCCUAUCUGUCGGCGGGUCUUUUGGACAGAUUCAAAAACAACGCUCGCUUGGAUCCAGUCGGAACAUCGCCGGUAUCGACAAUUCGUGGCUUUCAGAGUAGGAGAGAUUUUGAGCAAGACCGAUGUCAUCGAAUGGAGAUACGUCCCUACACUGCUCAACCCGGCUGACGAAGCAACCAAAUGGGGAAAGGGACCCAGCACUGACGUCAACUCAAGCUGGUUUUGCGGACCGGAAUUCCUCUACCUACCAGAAACGGAAUGGCCGGGGCAAGCGCCGACAGAACUGGAAACGGACGAAGAGCUUCGGCCCUGUAUGGUUCACCGAGAACAUCAAACGGAAGAUGUCUAUGAGAUCACCCGCUUCUCCCGUUGGGAGCUCCUUCAAAGGACCGCAGCAUACGUUCAACGCUUCAUCGGGAACUGUAGGCGCAAAAUGCAAAACCAGCCUUGCGCAACGGGGUGCUUGAAAGGGGAAGAGUUGAGGACAGCAGAGAACAGCUUGUGGCGCACGGUUCAACUGUCAGCAUACCCGGACGAAAUUAUCGCUUUAAAACAAGGAGAAGCCCGACCCAAGAAGACCAUCGAGAAGACAAGUCCCAUCUAUAAGCUGACGCCAUACUUGGACGAGAAUGGUGUGAUGCGAGUCGACAGCCGUAUUGGAGCCGUUCCGUACGUCCACUUCGACUUCAAGUACCCUAUCAUCCUGCCGCGGCGUCACUACCUUACCAAGCUGAUCGUCGACUGGUAUCACCGCAGGUAUCUACACGCAAAUCACAGGACAGUCCACAACGAGGUUCGCCAAAGAUUCCACGUCUCCAGUCUAUACACAGUUGUUCUCCAAGUGGCAAAGGAUUGUCAGACCUGUAAGAAUAACAAAGCGGUUCCGGCGACUCCUCGAAUGGCUCCUUUACCAUAUUCGAGGCUUGCGGCCGGGAUGCGUCCAUUUUCUUAUGUCGGGCUCGACUACUUUGGACCCAUCCAUGUACGUGUCGGACGAAGUUCUGUGAAGCGGUGGGUCGCCCUCUUUACCUGCCUGACAGUGCGAGCAGUUCAUCUCGAAGUCGUUCAUUCGCUCUCGACCGAAUCAUGUAAAAUGGCUGUACGACGGUUCGUGGCUCGCCGCGGGUCUCCUGUGGAGAUACACUCGGACAACGGGACUAAUUUUCAAGGAGCAAGCCGGGAGCUGAAGGACGAAAUCGAGAGUAUUGGACAAAACUUGGCCGCAACCUUCACCAAUUCUAACACAAAGUGGCUGUUCAUCCCACCGUCCGCGCCACAUUUCGGAGGUUCGUGGGAAAGACUCGUGAGAUCUGUCAAGGUAGCACUUCGUUCCUUGUGCAGUGAUCGCAACCCAGACGACGAAACAUUGCUGACCGUCCUCGCCGAAGCAGAGUCAGUAGUGAACUCCAGACCACUAACAAAAAUCCCACUGGAAAGCGCGAACCAGGAAGCGCUGACUCCGAAUCAUUUUUUGCUGCUAAGUUCGAGUGGGGUCACACAACCACCCACGGUACUAACACCGCCGCAGAAGGUAACUCGUACCAACUGGAACAUGGCCAAGCAGCUCAUUGACCAGUUUUGGAGACGGUGGAUUAGCGAAUACCUCCCAACAAUCUCGAAGAGGACACGAUGGUUCAGCGAGACGGAAGCUCUCAAAGUAGACGACCUGGUGCUGGUCGUUAAUGAAGGACAAAGGAACGGUUGGACAAGGGGAAGGAUCUUGACCGUAAUACCCGGUCACGACGGCCGAGUACGGCAGGCAACAGUACAAACUGCGGCAGGCGUUCUGAGACGACCGGUAUCGAAACUGGCAGUGCUGAAGGUCCAGGAAAACUGUAACGCAGAUCUUCAAGCGGAACCGGAAAGGCGUUACGGGUCGGGGGAUGUGGACGGUAACAACAGCACUGACGGUACAACCUCUCCCGAGAGUCCCUCGUCUAAUAGCAGUCUCAUCUACACCACCGGGGUAGCCGAGCGAAGUCUCCGUCGGUCGAGCCGCCUGGCUUCUGUCAACGCAAAGAAGAGUGACGAGCAGAAUUGA